CUCCCCCCUCCCCGCCUCCGAGCUGUGGAGUCCAGAGUCCAGGCUGGCUGGCGGCGGAUGGACGGGGAGCCUAACGCCGGACAGACGCCCUGACCCCUAGGACAAGGACCCCCCCAAACCCUGCUAACGCCAUGGACUACAUCAGCGCCCUGGCCCCCUCCUCCCUGCUGCAGUCGGUGUCCAGCGCUGGCUCGGAGCUGACCCGUCGGGUCUUGGCCCCCCGUGCCCCCCCCCAGCGGCCCUUCCGUGUCUGUGACCACCGGCGGGGGGGUCGCACAGGGUUGAUGGCCGGGACCCUGCAGGAGCUGCUGGCCAAGGCGAUGGAGGCACUGCUGGUGGCGGGGCUGGCGGGGCUGGUGCUGGAGGAGGACGGGACGGCAGUGGAGAGCGAGGCCUUUUUCCAGGCGCUGCCCCCCGACACGGCCCUGAUGCUGCUGGGCCCCGGGCAGAGCUGGAGCCCCCCACGGGGAGGGGCCCAGGCCUACAGGUGGAGCCGGGAUCGGCCGCGCCAGGGGCAGGACAUCGCCCGCAUCACCUUCGACGUCUACAAGCUGGGCCCCCGCGACCUCUUCGGGAGCCUCAACGUGAAAGCCACGUUCUACGGGCUCUACUCCAUGAGCUGCGACUUCAAAUGCCUGGGCCCCAAGAAGGUGCUGAGGGAGGUGUUGCGAGUGGCCUCGGCCGUGAUGCAGGGAAUGGGGCAGCUGCUGCUGGGAGCCUCCAGUUACAUCCGGCGCCUCCUGGAGGGGGUGGAGACCUGGCACCAGCCCGCCCGGCUCAGCCACUAUGAAGACUGAGGCCUGGGCCCGGCCCCAUCUCUACCCCGUCCCGGUGAACUCAGUGCACCCGCGGAGCUGCUGCUAUUACAAUAAAAAGGCGAUUUUAGUCCA